AUGUGGCAGCUCGGGGUCCUCAUCCCCCUCCUUGGAGCGGGCGCCCUGCGGGUGACCCAGGAGCCGGCCGAGCUGCAGGUGGCCGCGGGUGACACGGUGGCCCUGCAGUGCCAGGUGGAGGUGGCCGAGGGCGAGGUCCUGCUGCGGAUGGAGUGGCUGCGGGACGGGGGGCUCGGGGCGCUCUGUGCCACCCGCCUGCGCCUCGGCACCCCCCUGUCCCCGCCGCUCUGUGCCCCGAGGGGGGCACGGCUGGCCUGGCACCCCCCCCGGGCCACCCUCAGCCUCCCGCAGGUGCGGAGCAGCGACAGCGGGCGCUACCUGUGCCGGGUGACCCUGGAGAUCCCGCGGCACGACACGGCCACCGGCAACGGCACCGAGCUCCGCGUCAGCCCCGCUCUGCUCUGGGCGCUCCUGGCGGGCCUGGGGAGCCUGGGGGGCAUCGUCCUUCUCCUGGGGCUGGCCCUGCUCUGCCAGCGCGGCUGUCACAGGAGCCCAGGCGCUGUGCACCCCGACUCGCCCAUCUACCUGAACGUGGGGUCCCCCUCGGCGCGGGGCCCCCCAAAGCCGCCGCCCCCCCAGCCGGAGAUCAGCCCGUACCAGGUGGAGCCGCAGCGGGCACGGGGCCCUCCCCUGCCCCCCCGGCCCUGA